AUAUAUGAACUCAAUAAGGCGCAGAUGAAGCACAGUUCUAGAGCACGAACGCAAUUUAACCGCUUUGCGUUAUGUAUGUUUUUACUCUGCCUUAUUGCAUGCAUAUAUUUGCAGUCUAUACUGAAUACCCGUUUUUUCAAAUGCCCGAGUGCAAAUUCCACCAGAUUUAUGGAAAAUAAGCAGGAUACCGCGCCAAGGAUCAGCACUACGUCUUCCCCCGAGCUCACUACAACUGGAGAACCUUUGAGAACAAUGGAGUGGCACUGGCCUGUCUGGGGUGAAAACAGCGCAAAACUUGCUUCAGACCAAAAAAAGGCGGUGGCAAAUUUCAAGAGGGUAAACAAGUUCAAUGUCACUUUCCUUUUCCUAAGAAGAAAAAAAUACAGGUUGAAUCACAGGGAGCUCCUGUGCCAACUUAAGACCCGUGUUCCUGUGAAAACGAUAAAAGCUGGCGAUGGACCUUUCACAAGGGAGGCGUGGGAGAAGUACUUGCCGAAGGACAACCCGAGAGAAAGGCUGGGACCGUUUAAGAGUUGUGCCGUAGUAAUGUCAUCAGCGUCCCUGAGAAACUCAAAGCUUGGGGAGGAAAUCGAUAGCCAUGAUGCAGUUUUGCGGUUUAAUGCUGCUCCAACUGAAGGCUAUAGUAUAGAUGUUGGACAGAAAACCACUCUUCGCUUAUUAAACUCUCAGCUUGUGGUGUCUGAAAAACACAAGUUUCUUACUGACCCUCUUUACAAAACUGGAGUACUGCUUAUGUGGGACCCAGCUCCUUAUUCCAAAGACCUCUAUGAGUGGUACAAGAAACCAGACUACAACUUCUUUCAGAGAUACAAGGCUUAUCGGAGUCUCUAUCCUGAUCAGCCAUUUUAUAUCUUAAGCCCGGAGAUGCAGUGGGAACUUUGGAAUGUCAUCCAAGAGAACACAGCAGAGGAGAUUCAGCCUAAUCCACCUUCUUCUGGAAUGCAAGGUAUUGUCUUAAUGAUGAGUCUCUGUGAUCAACUUAAUGUGUAUGAAUUCCUGCCGUCACGCAGAAAAACAGAUUUUUGUUAUUACUACCAAACAUAUCGCAAUAAAGCCUGUACUAUGGGAUACUACCAUCCACUUCUGUUCGAAAAGAACUUAAUUCAGCGUCUGAACCACGGAAGUUCUCAGGACAUCAUGGCUUCUGGAAAGGUGACCUUAAAAGGAUUCUCUCAAUACUACUGCCCCCCAGCAAAUCGAGCACAUCAAGGGUAAAGUCAGACAAGGCAUUGAGAAAAUGUGCGUCAUUCAUAUACAGUACUACAAGUCCACUUUCUGUUACUAAAGAUCUGUUCUGAAGCAAUUAAGUAUUUGGUUUGUUUUUCAAUGUUUCGGAUUUUAUAUUAUAUAGUGUGUAAAGAUUAAAUAUCUGUGAAAUGUUGUGUUACCACCACUGCAUAUCUAAGGAGCACACUGUGAAAUAACUUAGCUUAAGUGUUGUGUAGGCACCACUUAAUUUGCUUUCGUUUUUAACUUGUUUUGGGUACGAGAGUACCAAGAUGUCUGUUUUGGUGGAAAACAUUGUUAAAUUAAUUUAAGUACACCCACCGUUCUUACAUGCUUUUAGAUAAACUGAUAUAUUUUCUCCACAAACUAAUUUAUGGUUAGAUGCAUUUAAUUAUAAUAGAUUGUUAUAAUAUGUGAAUAAUUUCAAUGGAUUUUGUAGUUAUGUGUUUAUUACUGUUAAAACUAGGCUCGAUUAAGUCACAUGAUAAAUUGAAGAAGACACCAAUCCAUAAUUUGAAAUAUUUAUGUUCUAGAAUAAAUAAAAACUAAAAAAUCUAGUGGAUUACCAUAAUUGCACUAUAUAAUGUACUGUAUAAAUGUGUUGAACAUCAGAUGGUGAAACUAUCACCACAGUGCCAUAAUAUUUGAUGUAGUAUGUGCGCUGGCUGUCAUUGGCUUCAAUUAGUGUCUUCUGCUGAAGACAAUUUGAAGUCUUUGAGUCCUCAGUAUACAGCCUUUGGUUUUUGACAGCAUGAAUUUGUCAGCCUUCAUUUCUCUGUAUAAGAGAUAUAAUAUCUCUGUAGGAGAUAAAGUGCAAGAUACACAAUAGAAAGGUAAUGUUUGAUUAUAUGAUGUCAAACUUGUUUUAACUUUCCUAUUUUUACUUCCCCCUGUUAGCCUCUCCACCCAAUCGUUAGUGGAAAUAUCUUGUUAUCAACCAUCUACGAAACAAAUUGUAAAGUUUUAGUUCCCAUCAGCCUCCUGUUUUUGAUACUGCUAUUUGUUUCACUUCCUGUCAUGCUCUGCACUUGUUUUGUUUGUUCCCACACUUUUUUUGGUGUAAAAUAAUGUCUCUUUGCUUACUUUGUUUCUGUGUUACAGUAUGUCUGUCUGCACAUGAUGUCCACAACUGUACUAUUUAUGUAAUACAAUUGCUCUGUAUUUCUUUAAAGAUUUGUGCAUAUUUGCACAGUGCAUUUAUGUAUUCCUGUAUAGAGUGUAUGGUACAGUAAGAACAUAGGUGCAAUUUAGUUAACAUAGAAUAAAACGUUUCCCACAAAUAAAGAAUAUCAAGAUCUGCAUACUGUAAAACUGUUCAUGGUAGAAACUAACAAGCAUUUGAUUUGCUCAUGAACCACUUCUAUAUAUUUUACAAGUUACAGUCAUAGAAUUUACCUCUAUUUUAAAAUGAAAUCCAUCCAACUAUUACAUUACUGUUUGAGUAAAAAUAGUUAAAGUAAGGUAAAAAACAAUGUAAUGGUUAAGGAUACGAGGUCUAAAACUCGAUACUGCAGUUGUUUCCAUUAAUUUACUUUCACGAAGAUACUUGUAGAUAUAAAGAACAAAUGUAAAUCAGAACAGACAAAAAUGGUGGUUAACAUUUUCAAAUUGUAAGAUUUUGCCAAUGAGCUUUUAUAAUUAAUGAUUUGUGUGUCAGGCUUGAAUACACAGUAUUGGUACUGUGUAAUAUGCAACAGUUAUAUUGGCUUUCUAUGUCAAUAAAACUAAAAUAAUUAUAUAAUAUUUAAUGUCCUUAUACAAUAUGUCCUAUUCAGAUCAGAAUAGGACAUAACUACUGUACACAUGUAUGUAUUAACACACUGGGAGCAAAGACGUAAUUGAAUUUUUUUAGAGGAGGGGGUUACCCUGAUGAUGUGUUUGUGGGGGCUAGGAAGGUGUUACAUCGGUUUGUUUUGUUUGUUGGGAAAGUUCAAUAAAACUUGGUUCACAAAA